AUGGCGGAGGCCCAGCGCCAGGAGCAAGCCGAUGCUUCUGAGACGUCCUGGCAGGGCAUGGCGAGGAUGCCCAGCGCAGUUCUGGAGGAGACCUCGCGGACGAAGGCACAGGACGCCCUCCGCGGCGCCGUGGAAGAGGCCGAGGUCCUGUGCAAACUGGAGGCAGCCGCAGCGGAUCGCGCGGAAGACGGGGCGAACGAGGCCGAGGAGGUCUUCACCACCAUACUUCAACGCGCUUUGAAGGAGCAGCGGACCAAG